AUGACGUCCAAUCACCCCGACCCCCACCUUGGUGUCGUUGAACGUAGCACGGAGCCAAAGAGACGGCGGCGAUCAGGGAAGUCGGCGUUUAGCAGUGCGGAGCUUCACAGGCGCUUUGAACAGCACGUGUCCAGGGCACAGCACCUGUUUCUUCAGAACGACAAGGAUGGGGCCGAGCGAGAGGCGACGCUGGCAUUGCGAAUUCACCCCACCGAUCACCUGUUUGCCCUUCUUGCCGUUAUUGCUGACUCCAAAGGGCAACGCGAGCGGGCAAGCGAUUUUCGACUGUUACAGGCCUUUCUGGCUAACGAUCCUGUGUUAUGGGAAGAACUUCUGCAUGAGUUCUUGCAGGAGCAGAUGUAUUACAAGUCUGCAGUGUGUCUGCAACGGCUGUCAGCGCUGGAAACGAAGGAUAGGAACCGCUACCGUACACUGCAGCUGCAACUUGCUGAUCUUUACAUUGGCCUUGGUGAGGUUAAGCGAGCGGCCAACAUUUUGGUCCCUCUGUGGAAUGGAAGCCGCUGCCGAGACUUUGAAGUGUUUGCUUUGUUAUCCUCUCUCUUUUUCCAGCUGGGACGGUGGAACUCCCUGCACCGCCUCAUUGAGUCCAGUGUGAAAAGUGCCUUCCGCCGCACUUUGGCGGUAGAGGGUGUAGGUGGAAGAAUCCCCGAGUCCCAUAACGCGGACGCCAGUGUUUCAGGAACACCCAUGGAUGCUGGGGACGUUGUCGCUUCUCCGGGAAAGCGGAGAACCUCGAAACGAGUGCGCUUCUUCGGCGAUGAUGAUGAUGAUGAUCAUGAUCACACCGCAGAGAUGGAAAGAGAGGGGCGGGAGGAGAAAGGAUGCGAACCGGAAGUUCCUACUUGUGAUGCUGCUGUUGAAUGUUCCUCAGGAGUGCAAGAAGAGGAUGACUUUGACUUUUCCAAUGUGGGGAGCAGUAAUGCUGGUGGUGGUUCUACUACAAUGAGUGUAACUCCCUCUGUUGUGCUGCAGUCUCUUUAUGGAGAUAGUAUUGAGCUUCGCACCCCUACAGCGAAGAAAAAUUUUCUUACUCUUGUUAAUGUGCACGCGGAGUUGCUAAAUGAGGAAGGUAAGUUUCUUGAUACUGUACGCCUUAUUGAAUUCACCGCAGGUUGCUUGCAGGUGUCUUUGCUUGAUCUUCCUCCUGAUUUACUACUUCGACUCGGACUAGCCUAUGGGUAUUUGGGAGGUUGGGAGCAGCAGUGUCGUGAAUUGUUUAAUCACCUUCUAGAAACGUGUCCUAUGGCAGAAUAUGGAGAUGUAUUGUAUGAUGCAGCCAAUGCCCUUCAACAGGUGGGAAUGCAUAAAGAAGCUCUUAUGAUUUUUCAAACGGUUCGCCGGUACCAUGAAUUUCAAUUGACACAAUGUACUAGUGAGUCAAAUGGGGUAGAUACAGAUGAGUUGGCUGAAGUGAAAACUGUAUUUGUGGCAGCAUUAUUUGCUGAAGGACAAUGUGAAGCUUCAUUAGGAAACUCAGAAGUUGCAUACCAAAACUUUUGUCGAGUGUUGGAUAUCGAUCCAUCACACACUCAAGCUCGCCUCGCCCUCGGUCGCAUGUACAUGUAUGAAAUGAAUGAUACAGACCGUGCAGUAGCUGUUUUAACUCCACGUGAGGAUGAACAGCCGCUAGAGCGUAUUCAGCUUGGUGCUGAACUUGUACGUGUUUUUGCACGUGCAGAGAAGUAUGUGGAAGCUAUAGCUUUAGGUGUUUCUUUGUUUGAACUUAUUCUUUCUGGCGAGGAUGAUGGAGACACAGAGUCUAUAGCACCAGGUUCAUCACGACGGAGCACCGCACCACUUUCAAUGCCAACCCUUUCGCGUGCAAGCUCUGCUAUUAUUCCACCAUCUGCUUUAUCAGGGAUUGUGAGUGGAGCAGGAAUGGCAAGUCUAGCUUCAUCUUCAGUUGGGCGUCUUUCGCAUUCACUCGCAACUAGCAUUAAAUCGGCAAGUGUAGUUUUUCGCUCUAACUUGGCUCGCCGUGGAAGUGCACCACUAACAAAUUCUGUUUAUGGGGCUUCUGCAGCAGCAUCGACAGCGGCAGGGUGGUCACGUGAUGCGGAGGAUCGGGAAAAGGAUACUUCAACCAUUUUUCGUUUUCACCGUAGAAAAAAACCAACGAAGCGCUUGCGCGAUGUGGAAACAACAGAAGGCAACAUUGGUCAAAAUAAAAACAGUACUGACAAUGCUAAUAACGAGAAUAUAAAAGAUACAGAGGAAGAUGAUGUUCUUUUAAGACAACGUCAACGAUUAGAGGAAGUAACCACUCGUGGGGCGAAAUCUUUCUGGAAUGAAGAAGAAGAGGUAAAUGAUGCUGAAAAGCGUGCCAAAAUAGAAAAAAUAGAGAAUUUACAAUCUAAUGAAGAAGAUCAGAUAAAAAAAGAGGGUUUGGAUGAACAGGAUCUUGAACAGCUUGAAGAAGCUCUAGUGGAAGAGGGAGUUGAUGGAGACACUAUGUCACAAUAUGAACUUCCAUCUUUGGAGGAGGUAAGCAAGCAGUUUGGUGACCCAACAAUGCAGGAACUUUUUAUACAAGCCUCUAGUAAUGAUAUAUCCGAUACCCUUCGAAAUCCAUGGGAGCCUGUAGAAGGUGCAACGGGAGGUGUAACACCUUUAGGUGCUGUUGGAGGAGAUGCAUUAGGAGUUACACCCUCUGCGGCUGCUUUACGAGUAACAGUACGUGAUGCGUUGGGUGUACUUGGUCGCGCCGGUUUUAUUGAACUUGCAGUUACUGUAAUUGACUGCUACAGUGCCAUUGGGAAAUUUACGGAGGCGAAGGAGUUUGCCUUCGUUGUGUUAACACGAUGCCCUCGGAAUAGUAUUUUUCGUCAUGCUAGUGUACUUGAGCGUCCUCUACGAUGGGCAGUUUUGCGUGCUGCAUUAGCGUCAAAAGAGGGCGAAGAUGCAUACCGCGUUGGUGUACGUCUCUUACAGGAACAAUGUAGCGAGGAUGAAAAGAACCAGGUGGUACAGUUGCUGUUUAGUGUGUUGAAUCGCGUAGAGGACAGUAGUGCUAUUCUUUUGCGUCUUGUAGCCGAUCGUAAGCAGGCUGAUCCGCCACUGCUUGUACUAUUGGGAAACCGUUACUUUAUUCGUCGUUCAUACAUUCGUGCACUUAAUUUAUAUCUUGUUGCAUUACAAAUGCGUCCUAAUGAUGCUUUUAUUUGUUUUCUUAUUGGUAUUUCAUACCUUCUUAUUAGUCACCAGAAAAAGAUCCGGGCACGAGAAUCCUGUGUAGUUGCUGCAUGUCAUUAUUUAUCAAGAUAUCAAGAGACAGUGCGAGCUAUAGAUGCAAAACGCCACGGUGAGGCUGUGUAUAACUCCGCCAGGGCAUUUCAGUACCUUGGACUUCACCAUCUUGCUUUGCCAUUGUAUGAACAGGUUGCGUAUGAGUACAGUGUCCCUGAAGAGUGUUCGCUGGCAGUUCAACGGGCUGCAAGGUGGAAUCUUUAUUUUACAUACCGUUGGCGCACGGGGAACAAGGCAUUGGCACUUGCAGCAUUGCAGCCAAAAAAAUAA